AUGUUGGCAAAUCGCACGUGUUUCCGUGAUAAAGAUUCUAUUCUUGUUCUCGAUGAAGACUCCAGCAAGGAUUUCUUUUUGAUGGGUGUGUUCUCGUCAAAGACAAAAUUCUGGUUGGGUCUACAGUACGACGGCACAGCCGGCUUCACCAACUGGGCACCGGGUCAACCAGACUACAGAGUGGGCACUUGUGCUUACAUGCAGCAGUACACCGGAUUC